GCACGCCUCUUCAUCUUGUCUCUGGAGUCUGGAAGUCUGGAUCCACGCACGGAUUUCAUCGGUCCAAGUCUCCAAGAUCAUCAGAUUAGAAGAUGCCGUUUGGGCGUAAACUGGCCUGAGAUGCUGCUGGAGGUUCUGAAGAAGAAUACGAACAUACAGAAGUAGAGAGAGAGGAUGAAGUUGAUCUCUCCGAUGGGGACGAGGCUGAUGCGGAUGACGCAAAUGAUGAAGAAGUAUCAGCCGAGCAAGAUGCAGGAAAAUCUGCUAAGCAACCCCUUCACGAUGAGGUAAUAAUUAAAUCUAAAGCUAAAGGGAAGAAUCCUGGUGGAGCAAAAUCUUGGCAAUGCAAACACUGCAAGAAGUCGUUUACUAGCAGUUUCACAAGAAUUCGUGCGCACUUUUUUGGUCCUCCACCUGGUCAGAAGCCAAAUAUUUCACGUUGCUCUGCUGUACAAACUGAUCGCAAUCUGUAUAAAAGAUUAUGGGAUAAGGUCCAAGGGAAGAAAGGAGUUUCAAAUCCUGUCCCUGUUGGCACGAGUAACCCAUUAGCAGAUGCAUUUGCCACAGUGGAAAGAGAUGGUGUUGAUAUGAAAAUCAUGGAGUUUAUUGCAGCAAACGGAAUUCCUUUCAAUGUGCUGAGAAGCCCUCAGUAUUAUGAAAUGGUUUCUGCAAUUAAACGAGCUCCAAAGGACUACAAGCCACGUUCAUAUGAGAAAGCUAGAACCACACUUUUAGAUGCCUGCAAGUCAAAUGUUGAAAAACAGUUAGCACCGGUUCGAGAAACAUGGUAUACACAAGGUGUUUCUGUAGUUAGUGAUGGAUGGACGAAUGUAAAAAAUGAGGCACUCAUCAAUGUCAUAGCGUCAAAUAGUCGCGGAUCCAUGUUUUAUGCUGAAGAUUUUUCUGGACUUGAGAAAACUGGUGAUAAUAUUACUCAAUUCUUACUAAAAGCUAUUGAUGAAAUUGGUCCGUCAAAUGUUCUUCAAGUAGUGACAGACAAUGCCUCAAAUUGCAAAGCAGCUGGCAGGGAAAUUGAGAAAGUGCACAAGCAUAUAUUGUGGUCCCCUUGUGUGGUUCAUACCUUAAAUCUUAUAUUCAAAGAUUUAGCCAAUGCCUGCCCAUGGAUUGUAAAAACAUGUAAGGCUGGAAAGCAAGUUGUCAAGUACAUCUUAAAUCACCAACAUUGCCUGAAUCUUUUUAGAUCUAAGUCAAAGUUAAACCUGCUGAAAGUGGCAAAGACACGUUUCGCAUCACACUACAUUUUACUGAAGAGGCUUAAGGAUUGCAGGGAGGCACUUGCUAUGACAGUGGCGACUAUACACUGGAACGAGUGGGCAAAGACUGGUGAUCAUCAUGCAAGAACAACAGCAGACCUGAUCACCAAAACAAUCAAUGAUGAUGUUUUUUGGGAUGAGAUUGAUGUCAUCCUUUCAAUCACAAAGCCGUUGUAUUUGCUCAUCAAAUUCGGGGACGGGGAAGGCUCCAAGGUUGCUGAAAUAUAUGAGAAGAUGGACACCAUGGUCGUAGAGAUCAAGGAGGUGAUGAGGAAAAAAGAUAACCCUCACCAUGGAGAUCUUGACAAGCUAUUUGAUAUAAUUCUUGAUCGUUGGGGUAAGAUGAACUGGACAUUCCAUUCCAUUGCUUAG